ACACCCAUUACGAAUAACACCGAGACUCUAAAUACCUUCAUCCACCAAAUCGACAAAACCUCACCCGCCCACCUCGAUAUCAUCAACCCAUAACUCGGCAAGCCUAGAUCCAGCUUCAGUCCCUCAUCACCCUUCAAAGAUGACCUCACCCUACACCGUCCUCGUAACAGGCUCUGCCGGCCACCUCGGCGCAGCCCUGAUGCUCUCCCUCCCAUCCCUUGGCCACGUCCCCCACGGCAUCGACAUCCUCCCCUCCCCGACGACAACAACAGUCGGCUCCAUCACAGACCGCGCCCUCAUCGCCUCCCUCCUCGCAAACAACCGUUCCAUAACACACAUCGUGCACGCGGCAACCCUCCACAAACCCCACGUCGACUCCCAUCCGAAAUCAGCCUUUAUCGACACAAACAUCACCGGCACCCUUGUCCUCCUAGAAGCCGCCGCCGCCUGCCUCGACAAAACCACAAGCCACCAGUCUCAGUUACAGUUCCAGUCACGCAUCAAAUCCUUCCUCUUCAUCUCAACAACCUCAACCUUCGGCCGCGCCCUCGCCCCAGCAAAAGGCCAACCCGCUGCCUGGAUCACCGAAUCCGUCACGCCCCUCCCCAAAAACAUCUACGGCGUAACCAAAUGCGCCGCAGAGGACCUCUGCAGCUUAGUUCACCACCAAACAUCCCUCCCUGUCCUCGUCCUCCGCACAUCCCGCUUCUUCCCGGAACCAGACGACGACGAGGACCGCCGCGCCGCCAUGCCCGAUGACGCAAACUUAAAAGUGUGCGAGCUGGCCUACCGCAGAGUCGACAUCGCCGACGUCGUCUCGGCCGUGGUGUGCGGAAUGGAGAGGGCGGAGGGGAUUGGGUUCGGAAAGUAUAUAAUUUCCGCGCCGCCGCCUUUUGUUACCACCGCGACUACUCUGGACGAGAAUGAGGCCGCCGCUGCAGCCCGCUCGACGCUUCUACGCCGCUUGGACUCGGACGCGGGCGCCGUCCUCGCGGAGGUCGUGCCCGGGUGCAAGGCCGUGUUUGAGAAGCUCGGAUGGAGGUUCCUCGACAGGCUGGACCGGGUGUACGAUUCUUCCAAGGCCGUCAGGGAGCUCGGAUGGAGGCCUCAGUGGACCAUGGAAAAAGUUGUUGAGAGGCUUGCGAGGGGGGAGGAUUGGAGGAGUGAGCUGACGCACGAGGUUGGCAAGAAGGGGUACCACGCAGUGUCGACGGGCGUGUAUACUUCGCGUGACUGAAUGCAGAAAGCAUGAUGGCUAGUCAUGGUCAAGUAGGAGGUAAGAUAUGAUUGAAGACGGAAAAUUACAGGUUCUGGUAUUGAAAGGUCUAUAUAUGCUUUCAUGAAAAUAUCCAACGAAAA